GUAAUAUAAAAAGGGAGUGUUAUUGAAAAAACAAUCUAUAAAAGAAAAAAACAAAGCAUUAAAAAACGGAAAAAAUGAAAGAGAAGAAAGAGUCACGGAGCAGCACUGAGCUCACGGUGACCAAUGAAAGCAACACACUUUACACCAGCGAAGAAGAAGAAGACGUCAACCGGAAGUAGGAGCAGCGGUUGCUAAAGGUCUCAAAAUAUGGCAGGCAGACGGGCUCUGAAGGCCGUGCUCAUCGACCUGAGUGGAACUCUACAUAUAGAAGAAACCGCUGUGCCGGGGGCGCAGGACGCCCUGAACAGGUUACGAGAGGCGUCUGUCGCUGUGAAGUUUGUAACCAACACAACAAAGGAAAGCAAGAGGAACUUGCUGGAACGACUUCAUCGCCUCAACUUUGACCUCCAGGAAGAGGAGAUCUUCACUUCACUGAGUGCAGCGAGGACUUUGUUAGAGCAGAAACGACACCGACCGCUGCUGAUGGUGGAGGACAGUGCCCUGGAAGACUUCACUGGUAUUGAAACCUCGGAGCCAAACGCUGUCGUCAUUGGACUCGCUCCAGAUCAAUUCAACUACCAGACACUCAACAAGGCAUUCAGACUGGUUUUAGAUGGAGCUCCGCUCAUCGCCAUCCAUAAGGCGCGGUACUACAAACGCAUGGAUGGUUUGGCCCUUGGCCCCGGGCCCUUUGUGGCAGCCCUUGAGUACGCCACAGACUGUAAAGCUAUUGUGGUGGGAAAGCCGGAAAAGUCUUUUUUUGCACAGGCUCUGUCUAAUUUGGGCUGCAACCCCAAUGAAGCCAUCAUGAUAGGAGAUGAUGCCAGAGAUGAUGUGGGCGGGGCCCAGAACGCAGGAAUGUUGGGAAUUCUGGUCAAAACUGGUAAAUACAGGGAAGGAGAUGAGAGAAAAAUCCACCCUUCUCCCCACCUGACAUGUGAGAGUUUCCCGGAAGCUGUGGAACACAUCCUGAAGAACAUGCUCUAACAUCUCUUUCAAAUAAAAAAAUAACAUUUACACAGGA